AUGGCCAGCAAGCCAAUGGAUGAGUGUGGAGCGUGCGUUGUGUUGGGGCUCUCCGAAGGAUGUAGCGCGGCAGACGUACGACGUGCUUAUCGCCGCCUGGCGCUCCUAUGCCACCCGGACAAAAAUCCGGAGCAGAAUGCCGAGGAGUCGGAAAGACGAUUCCGAGACAUUACCUCAGCCAAAGAUUGUUUGUUAGAGAAGCUGGGGAAGGGGCCCACCCUGGGCAGUCUCCUCUCCGCGGCCCAGCGGCGCCGAGCGCGGUGGUGCAAACCUGGCCCAGUCCGUGUCGAGCGUGUGGUGCCGGUGAAGCCGCAGCAGCCACCGCGAGUCGUGGUCUGGGCCUGCCAUGUCUGUGAAGUGCUCGUAAAGAUCGCCUACAGCCAUGCAUCCAGCCGGAUGCGCACACAGUCUGCUUUUGUGGCCAUCCACUCUCAGAUCAUCGUCAUGCGGGAACGCCAUCUUCCGAUGGCUGGGCCAGCGCAACUGCGGCUGCCUGAAGUUUACGUAUGUGCAGCCGUCUUCGCGCUGCAGUUGUGGCCAUGGAAACCUGGAGCACAGCCCUGUUGGCUUCUUCGCGUGCCAAGCGGGCUGCCCGUGCCAGACCUUCCAUGA